AUGGGUUCCCUGCCACCUGAGCGCUUAUCCACAGACAAGCCAUUUCGCCACGUUGGAGUCGACUUCUGCGGUCCAGUGAACACCUAUCUUCGAAUACGUGGCAAGGGUCCCACAAAAUCCUAUAUCGCCAUAUAUGUCUGCAUGGCCGUAAAGGCCGUUCACAUUGAAAUCGUGUCAGAUCUUUCAACGAAUAAGUUUUUGGAAUCGUUGAAACGCAUGGUUGCCCGUCGUGGACCAGUAUCGCACAUCUAUUGUGACAACGCCACAAAUUUUGUCGGAGCAUCCAACAAGCUACUCGAGUUAAAGAAGUUCAUGUUCAACACUAGCACUCAAGAUGCUAUCCUAUCAUAUUGUUCCUCUGAAGAGAUAACCUUUCAUUUCAUUCCGCCUAGGGCUCCACACUUUGGCGGUCUUUGGGAGGCCGCUGUCAAGAGCGCAAAGAGUCUGCUGGUGCGUACCCUCGCUAACACCCGGUUCACCUUUGAGGAACUGAACACCGCAGACGUUGAGAUAGAAGCAGUACUCAACUCUCGCCCGCUGUCACCGCUAUCAUCUGAUCCCAACGACUUCAGCGCUCUCACUGCAGGACACUUUCUAAAUGGAGAUGCACCGCGCGCUCUGCCCGAGCGUGAGAUUAUCACCAACAACAUCUCCAACUUGGAUCGUUACGAGCAGAUCACAGCUGUUAAACAGCAAUUCUGGCGUCGUUGGUCUGCGGAGUAUGUGAACGAGCUUCGAGCUAGGACAAAGUGGACUUCGGCUUCCCCAAAUCUCACGGUUGACUCUAUGGUCAUCAUACAUGAGGACAACACACCGCCAUUACACUGGAAAUUAGGGCGUGUUGAGCCUGUU